UUGAAUCUCAUUUAAAAGCUGCAACAUUCAUGAAUCAACUUAAAAUAUCUGAUAAUUUAUGGUUGAAAGGAAAAAUUAAUAACAACAACAAUAAUUAACUCAUUUUCCAUCAGAAAAUACAUAAUGAAAAAUUAAAUUAUUUCAAAAAAAGCCAAAAAAACUAAAAUUCCUCCUUUCACACACCUUUCAUCCAUAUUUCUAUUAUGGUUUCUCUAUUGUUGUCAUCUACUCUAUACAAAACUCCUUCAAAGAGGAAGAACAAGAACUUCAAUUAAUAUUAUCAUUAUCCUUUUUUCGUACUUCGUCCUUCGUCCCUCCAAUAUUUAAAUGAAGUAGGUAAAUACAAAAAUAUUUCCAUUUCCUCGUAGACAUUUCUUCAAACACAAAAUACACUUUCUGUCAUAUACAAAAGAGCUUUCACCCAAUUUCCAAUGUUAACAUAAAUAAAAAAGAAAAACUGGAACUUAAAAACACACACAAUUUUCUAAAGACUUUUACUCGUAAUAUUCUCCUCUUUCGCAAUUCCAGACUUGAAAAAAUAGCCAAAAAUAUUUCCAAAAUUAUAAAAAAAAAAUUGCUUUCUGAGUCCAUUCGACACCGUUCGACGACGUUGGAUAGCACAGGAUUUUCGGGAUCAUUUCGUUUGAUUUUUAUAUCGGGAAUAGAAUACGGGUUGUUUGUUUGGUUGAAUAUAAAUUCAAAAUUAUCCUUAAACGCUUGGUGAAAAUGUGAUUUUCUCUUUGAUUUUUCACUUCAAACAAAAUAAUGAAAAUUCUCUAGAAAAUGACCACGGCAGUGUGAAAUAAAGAAUAAAAAGAAAAUCUGACUCGUAUCAGCUUUCCAGUGCAAAAGUCUUCUUCUUCACAAUAUAUGUACCUACAUAGCUUCCGAAAACUACUAGAAGUCGAAUAGAAACAAAAAUCAAAAAAUAAUUUUCCUUUUCAAAUGAUUUUUCAUUGCCCAGUGAUAAACCUUAAGUAAAAUAGAAAAUCAUUUCAUUGCCAGUAGAAGAAAGAAAAACAACAAUAAGUGUGUCUAAGAAAAUGAUAAUUGAAUACCCAUUGUGCAGGAAAAUUAAUAUCAACAACAACAAAAACAACAACUCAACAGCAGACAGCGACGAAGAAAGAAAAUUUCUUCCUAUACGGAUGCAACAUACAUAUGAACGCUCUCUCCUGCUCCCCCUAUAUUCAUUUUCUCCGCGAAAUAUGCCAUCGAAUUGAACUUGUGUUGUGUGCCUGUACAAAGAAUUUCCUCAAAAUUCGUUCCAAUACAUUUUCCAGGAUUUUCAUUUUCCAAAUCUCUUUAUUAGAGUUUUGUAGAUUCUCUUAACUUAUUGUGUUGUUGGUUUUCCUUUAAUUUUUUUUCUCGUCGGAAUUUUCUUUUUGUGUUCAAAGGACCUCUUCUUCCUGUCAUACCGGAAUUAUUAAUUUAGACAGUAAGUGUUGUAAUAAAAUCCAAUGUUCAAUCAAAAGAAAAUGAACCUGAUUUUUUUCAAAAUAUAAAUGUGACACUGAACAGAAAUUUGAAGUUUUAUCUGGGAAAAUAGUCCAAAAGAAAAGAUUUAACUUUCGUUAAAGCUGGAGGGUGUCAACGGUUAAAAAAAAAACUUCAAAGGCAUCCAUUAACUUAAUUUUCUCUUUGACUUCAAAAAUUGUGCGUUUUUCUUUUUCGGUUUUUUUUCGAUGUGUGAUAUAUUAGUCGUCCUUCUACACGUAUAAUAAAAUUAAACCAAAAUUCAAUAAAACAAAAACGAAAAGUUUUUAAACCAAAUGAAUUGUGAAACUCAAACAGAGUCAAAGUACUCAAAUAGCUGAUGUACAUAUAUGUCGUGAAUGUACAUAUAUAUUUUUCAGUACAUAAUAUUAAUGUUAGAUUAGAAUAAGAUACAUAUAUAUGUACUGUACAGUGUACAUAUCUACGAUACACAAUUUAAUUAGUUUUUUUGGAAGUGAAAAAGUCAACCCAUUUUUCAAUUUAAUUUUAUUUAUUUACUCAGGCACUCGAAAAACAAUUGAAAGUGUCGGUGUUCGGUGGCGGCUGCGGCGGCGGGAAUCCUUUGUUUAUUUUUUACUAACAAUUUUCUUUUGUGUGAAUUAUUUUUGGUGGCCGGUUUUUAUUGUAAAUUCCUUAUUUUUAUUAUUGUUAAUUAAUUUAAAAUCACUGUGUAAAGUUGAAAUUGUGUUGUUAUUAAACUUGAUCAAAAUAUCAUCAUUCGAAGAAGAUUGUAGGGCUGAUCGGCCCAUGGUGCAGAGAGCAUCAUCAUCAGAUGCCCCAUCCAUAUCGGGGGGCCAUCAUCGGGAGUCUCGUUUUGGCCUCGGUGGUUAUUCUACAUACCAAAGUGGCUAUAAUAAAUUGUUUACACAGGGUUCUGCCGAUUCAAAUUACUCACAACCGUCAUCCGAUCUGUCGCUAGACGAGGAAAAGGAAUCGCUUCGGCGAGAAAAGGAACGACAGGCCUUAAGCCAGCUGGAUAAAGCAAGGAGUAAACCCGUUGCGUUCGCUGUGCGAACAAACGUUUCAUACGAUGGCACGCAAGACGACGACUCGCCCGUCCAAGGGAGUGCGGUGUCAUUCGAUGUUAGGGAAUUUCUUCACAUCAAGGAAAAAUAUGACAAUAACUGGUGGAUUGGCAGAUUGGUCAAAGAAGGCUGUGAUGUGGGAUUUAUACCCAGCCCCGUUAAGCUAGAACAUAUUCGAAUGCAGCAGACAUCGGCGGCUAGAUCUUCAAGACUGUACGCGACAAAAGGUUCCUCUAGUGGGAACUUAGGUGGCUCAGGAGUACCAGGUGCGGAGCCAUCACGAGGUAGCACACCCCCUACACCUGGCGACGAAUCAGAUUCCAUGGGACCAUCACGCCACGGCAAAACACCCCUGGCCACACCACCAACAAAGGAAAAGCGUAAACCGUUCUUCAAGAAGCAAGAGACAUCAUCACCUUAUGACGUUGUGCCAUCAAUGCGUCCUGUUGUGUUAGUGGGUCCAAGCCUUAAGGGUUACGAAGUCACGGAUAUGAUGCAAAAGGCUCUGUUCGAUUUUCUCAAGCACCGAUUCGAAGGCAAAAUAAUAAUAACACGUGUUAUGGCGGAUAUUUCAUUAGCGAAACGUUCCAUAAUGAACAAUCCGUCAAAACGUGCCAUUAUGGAGCGAUCCAGCAGUCGAUCCGAUUGCCUAUCCAAAGUACAAGAGGAGAUCGAAAGGAUAUUUGAAUUGGCGAGGACUCUGCAAUUAGUCGUACUCGAUUGUGAUACAAUCAAUCAUCCGUCACAAUUAGCAAAAACUUCACUAGCUCCAACAAUAGUUUAUUUAAAAAUUAGUAGUAGUAAGGUUUUACAGCGAUUAAUCAAAUCACGUGGUAAAUCCCAGGCGAAAAAUUUAUCCGUACAAAUGGUCGCCGCUGAAAAAUUAGCCCAAUGUCCACCGGAAAUGUUCGAUGUCAUUUUAGAUGAAAACCAAUUAGAAGAUGCCUGUGAACACAUUGCUGAGUAUUUAGACACGUAUUGGAAAGCAACCCAUCCGGAUAUCAGAACGGCUCCUUCGAUACCAAGACCUUUGCAAUCUCAGGAAGCAUCACCAUCAGCGGAACAAGCGCGAAUGGGUCCAACACCACCUGCUGAAAGUAGGGAAAAGGAUGCUAUUCAGGAUAAAAACCCUGAAGAGAAAUAUAAUAAUGAAAGAGAACCAAACAGAGAAAGAGAAAGAGACAAUGAAAGAAACAUUGAUAGAGAAAGAGAAAGAGACAGAGACAGAACAGACAGGGAAAGAGAAAGAGAAAGAGCAAGAGAAAGGGACAGAGAAUGGGAAAGAGAAAGAGAGAGAGAAUGGGAGAGGGAAAGGGAUAUAGAUUGGGACAGGGAUCGAGGUGUUUCCUAUCAUCAUAAUCGACGUCAACCAUCUACACGACACGAAAGAGAACGUGAUCGUGAUCGCGAUCGCUACGAUCGAGAACGUGAACGCUACGAUCGCGAACGUUUCGAUCGGGUUGAUCGAGUUGAUCGAGUUGAUCGAAUAGAUCGUGAACGUGAUCGUCUUCAUGCCCGCGAACGUGAUCUAAUGCAUUACGACCUCAAUAGCGAAGAGCUUCUAGAUGAACGAAAUUAUGGUGCUGAUUAUACUAGAGGAGCUGGAGCUAGAGAAAUGAGCGGUGCUGUAAGCCAUCAUCAUCUAACAUCUUCCACAUCAGGUAUGCAUCAUAGUCGGAGUGGUGGUGGACGUGUUGACGAUAUCGAUUUGAUGCAUGAUCGCGAUGAUCGUCGAUACCCGUCAUCGUCCCGUGAUAGAGAUCGAGGAGAUGCAUCACUACCCCCACCAUCCUCAAGUCGACGCGAUCGUGACGAAUAUAGUCCACAUAGAGGCGGUGGGAGUAGUAGGAGAGUACUUAAUGCCAUGUAGGAAUCGUGGAUAUAGGGGUGGGAUCAGAUCGAUUAUAAUGAUAUGCAAACAAAUAACCAUGAUGAAAGCAAUUGUAUCGAUAUUGAUCAUGAUCAAGAUAUUGUUCCAAAUUCUAUCAACAAUCAUGACGAUCCUAAGGAUUGUCACACUGAGAAGACGAAUGUUGUCGAUGUCGACCUCAAUAGAUUUUAUUAAGUUAAGGAGAUUUAUUGAACAAAACAAAAAACAUAUAUAUAAAAUAAAACAAUAUUUUUAUUCAAUUAAAGCAUUUUUUGUAAUUCCUUUAAUCAUGAAGUUUUUAAUUUCCCUUUAAUUAUGUAUAAAAAUAAAGAUAUUAAAUACAAAAAAAGCAAAGAUCCCUUAGCCUUAUUAAAUUGCGAUAUUAAUACAUGCAAAAAUAUGUAUAUUCGAAAAAAAACAAAAAACAAAAAUAUUUGCAUAUUUUCCUCUCUAGCAAAUAAUUAUAAAAAUUUAAACAAAACAAAAAUUAUUACUUUCUGUUUCUGAUUUAAGUAAUGAAACGUAAUAUAAAAUGAUUUCUACAAGUGCCAAACUUAAAAAAAAAAAAAAAACAUAAUAACAACAUAAUACUUAAUUUUGAUUUUAGUUAUGUAAUAUCUUUUUUAUACAUUGAAUAAUAAUACGUAUAUACGCUAAGAGGAGCCUAAUGUGUCUUAAAUUCUAUAAAUAUAUUUAAAUAAAAAAUAAAAUUAAAAAUGCGUGUGAAAUAUUAUCUUGAUCAGUUAUAUAUCUAAGUGUCAGCUUUAAAAUAAAAAAAAAAAAACAUUUUUUUAUGAAUACAAAUAUAUUUAUUAAAAAAAAAACAGAAUAUGUGUGUAAAUAUAUAAUAAACUAUAAUAUUUAAGGAUGAUCGAGAUAAUAUUCCAGCAAAGGCAUGUGCUAGAUCAAAUUAUAAAUAAAUACAAAACAAAAAAUGAACAUACAUAAGUAAAUCUCCUUAAUUGAAUCUAUAUAUGAUAAAAGUUUUAUAAAUAGCUAGCAAAUGGAACCAAGAUAAUUAUUCAAAUUAUAUUUUUUGAUUAACAAAAUUAUAAUAGCUUACAAAAUACAUAUUUAUAAAUAUAUUUCAUAUAAUUUUCCUAAUGAAACUUGGCACAAACCCGUAACCGGAAAGCAUUUUUCUUCUCUAUUUUAUUUUUGCCUAGAAUUAAAAAAGAAAAUUUAUGCUAAUGACAACAAAACAGCAAAAGUUUAUAUUUUUUUGCUUGCACUUUUUAAAAAAAAAACUUAAACAAAAAACAUAAUAUUGUCCACAAAAAGCCGUUUAUUUAUUUAUUUAUGUAAUUUUAAAAAAUGCUUACAAUCAGAUCUGACCUACUCCUAAGUACUCUCUGCGCAAUUCCAACCGUGAUCGUUUAUUUUUUUUUAUUUGUCACAUGCAACUUUUUUGUUAAAUGCACCUUUUGUUUAUUUUCCUUGUCGCAUUUUUAUUUUAAUUUAUUGGAGAAAAUUUUAAAACUACAAAAGAAAAUCCCUCUUCAACAUUCGAAAACAAAAAUGAUUCAUAUUAUUUCAACGUAAAUUGAUUUUUUUAAACAUGCAUAUUCGCUCGUUUUGUAUUUUUAAUUGAAACAAAAUCAUGGUAAAAUAAUCGAAUUGAUCACUGCACCCCUAAACAAAAAUAAAAAAAAAAAAAAACAAAUUAUAAAAUAAAAAUUGUUACUUAAAGUUAUUGAAAUAUUAUUUUGUAAAGUUGGAUCGUAUUUUAGCUUUAAUUUUAUUUAAUAGAAAGUGUUUAAAUAGUUAUAUUUUUCUACAUUGAAUCAAAUGGAAGAGUCGUUUAAUUGGGAUGAAAAUAUUAUAUUACUGUGUUUUUCUGGGAAAUUUAUAAAUUAAAUCAACUAGGUUAAAGUGAGGAGAAAUUGUUGAAUCAUAAUAAUAUUUUAUUUUAGUUUGUCUCAUAAAUCAGAUCCUUUCCAACUCUCGCAACUUCGUUGCUCUCGUCAGCAUAAGGAAAAUUUUAGGGCCCUUACAGCAAAAUGAUAUAUGUUAAAUAAGUUUCUAGAUUGGGUUUGUAAUUUUGUGUUGACAUUUCUAGAUUUUUUAUUUCGAAACAGAGUUGCGAGUUUUUUUAAGUUAUAUGUCACUUACUUAUGAUUUUUUUAAGUCAAAAGUCAUCUACAGAUUUAUGACUUAAUGAGUUUUGAAAUCAAAAAUUCCUAACUUUGUUUCGAGAUUAGGGAAUAUUUAAAAUGUUUA